CUCUGGUUCCUGCGCGCACUGCCACGUUAGUAGCGGCAGACACAAAUUUCAGGCGACACUGCGAACUGUUAGAAGAAUAAAAGCAUAUCAGCAGCACAAACGAUCUCUCUGACACAUUCCGGUUUUCAUAUUGUUCAAGGAAUCAGAGGCCAAGCGAAAUCAUGUUGAAGUUUGUCCUUCUCUGCACACUGGUCGCUGUAAGCAGGGCUGACAUACCUGAAGAAGAUGAUGUUCUAGUGUUGAACAAAAGUAACUUCGAGGAGGCGCUGAAAGCACACCCUAACUUAUUGGUUGAGUUUUAUGCACCAUGGUGUGGUCACUGCAAAGCCCUAGCCCCCGAAUAUGCCAAAGCUGCUGGCAUGCUGAAAGCAGAGGGCUCUGACAUCAGACUGGCCAAAGUAGAUGCCACAGAAGAAAACGAUCUGGCCCAGGAGUACGGCGUACGUGGCUACCCCACCAUCAAGUUUUUCAAAGGUGGAGAAAAGGAAUCACCCAAAGAGUACUCUGCUGGGAGACAGGCAGAUGAUAUCGUGAACUGGCUGAAGAAGCGCACUGGUCCUGCUGCUGCUACUCUUACUGAAGUCACACAAGCCAAAUCCCUGAUCGCCGACAACGAGGUCGCCGUCAUCGGCUUCUUCAAGGACGCUGAGUCUGAUGGUGCUAAGGCCUUCAUCAAGGCCGCUGAGGCCGUUGACGACAUCCCAUUCGGCAUUACCUCAGACAGUGCUGUCUUCUCCGAAUUCGAGGUCUCCAAGGAUGGCGUUGUGCUCUUCAAGAAGUUUGACGAGGGCCGCAACACCUUUGAUGGAGAGAUCAGCAAAGAGAGCCUCCUGACUUUCAUCAAGGCCAAUCAGCUGCCCCUGGUCAUCGAGUUCACAGAGCAGACUGCCCCCAAGAUCUUUGGUGGAGACAUCAAGUCUCACAUCCUGCUGUUUGUGCCUAAAGCUUCCAAAGAUUUCCAGGACAAAAUGGACCAGUUCAAAAAGGCAGCAGAGGGCUUCAAGGGCCAGAUCCUCUUCAUCUUCAUCGACAGCGACAUCGACGAUAACCAGCGUAUCCUGGAGUUCUUUGGCCUUAAGAAGGAAGAGUGCCCAGCCAUCCGUCUCAUCACCCUGGAGGACGAGAUGACCAAAUACAAGCCCGAGAGCUCCGACAUCACCGCAGAGAACAUCAUCUCCUUCUGCACAGCCUUCACACAGGGCAAACUCAAGCCUCACCUCAUGAGCCAGGACGUUCCCGAUGACUGGGAUAAGAACCCUGUCAAGGUCCUGGUUGGGAAGAACUUUGAGGAGGUCGUCUUUGAUCCCACCAAGAAUGUCUUCGUUGAGUUUUAUGCACCAUGGUGCGGCCACUGCAAACAGCUCGCCCCCAUCUGGGACCAACUGGGAGAAAAGUACAAGAACAGUGCCGACGUCAUCGUGGCCAAGAUGGAUUCCACAGCCAACGAGAUCGAGGCAGUCAAAGUCCACAGCUUCCCCACCCUCAAGUUCUUCCCUGCUGGGGAUGACCGCAAGGUGAUUGAUUACAAUGGCGAGAGGACACUGGACGGCUUUACGAAGUUCCUGGAGAGUGGAGGAAAAGAGGGCGGAGCCCCAGCUGGAGAGGAAGAGGAUGACGAAGUAGAUGAUCUGGAAGAUGUAGAUGUAGAUGAAGAUGAUGCAGAUUCAGAUGAAGGUCACGAUGAGUUGUAAGACCAGUCAAAGGAAGAAGAGGAAAGAGUGCCCCCUCACUCCCAAAUAACUCCACUCUAAGCCUCCCUGUCCUGUGAACACUAAAGCUUUUUUCCCAACCAAUUCUCAGCCACCAGGCAUCGCAGGAACCUCCACUAGUCACCAUAGCCACCGUUCAAAACCCCCACCCCCUAGGCCCAUAGAGACUCUUCUGUUCUCCUAACAAAAACUCCGCGAUACAGCAAUUCAAGUCUGUAACGGAACACACAUAAAGUUUUCUCUGUAAGGAUUUUACCAUGUGUUGGCAUUAAUUCUGUUUUUUUUUUUUAGUUUUUAAAUGUUUGCUAAUGAGCCCUUUACACUCACCACCUCCACUUCUAUCACCUACUCUUACUUCUAACCCCGAGGAUCAGCGUGGAGACUCCAUAACUUCGUUUGCAGUUAGAUCCUCCAUAUGUGGAAAAGAAAGCCAGCUGAUUUAGUCCUAACCAGUCAGUGAAAGGCCAGGAAGGAAAAAAAAAAAAAAAAGGGGGGGUAAAAUGGAUGUACUGAUUUUUCUCAGGACUUUGGGGGCCAUGUAUUUGUUUUGGUUAAAGCUGAUUUAUAAUGCAUUCUGUUCAACACGUGGGCCACUGCAAAGGAAAA